AUGUCAAUAGCUACGUUUGUGUACCAGUGUCUAUCCUACCCGCAACGCAGAAAAACAAUUCAGAAUGCCCUCAGGAAUGCCCUUAACACACAGGCUCGCUUAUCUUAUCGGUUGCCAGAAGGUCCUGAAUUCCAACCUUUCACACUUGAGUUUCAUCGCGACUGGUGGCAUGAAGGAUGUGAGGUGAAGGAAUGGUACAAUAGCCUACUACAAGCGGGAAUAUCCACCACCUUCCGUUGUAUCCGUCAUUGGAAGAAGGUUGAUCCUCCAUUCAACCAUGAGUUCCUUGAGAUUGAACUCGAAGACAACCGCUCAUGUAUCCUGGAACGUAUGGGCAACGGCUUUGAUUUUGAUGCGUUGCGAUGGACAGGAUGUAGCUCUUGUGACAUCAUCCAAUGCUUUCCCUCAACCCAAGAGGCCACCCGUUUCAUAAAUCGCAGAAAUUGCAGAUUACUUAUUCAGGUUAUUUUCCCGCGCUCGUUUGAUUUGACUGAUGUGCUUAAAAUCUGUUACACCAUGAAGCAACACCCAAAUGCCAAACAAUACACCUUACAACACUUCAAUUGCUAUUUCUUGUGUUGCACCAUACUCUCCAUUCUGGUUCGUCAUGUUGCUUCAUGGCAAGACCGAAUAGCACCUUCUACAUGGGAAUCAAUAGUUGCUGAAACUCUGUUUGACUUGUCACAAUCAAGUCCCCAAAUGCUGUUGGAUGCACCUGUCAAGCCAACUCCGGAUCCCUCCGCUAUUUACUUCAAGAGGACAUGGAGGAAUCACCUGCCGCUAUGCUUGCAUAAUCCUAAAAAAGAUAUGAUACCACUGAAGCUAGUUAACCAGACCUUCGAAGCCUCGGAUUAUUCCCACAGCAUCAAUAAAUACGUUGCAGUUGGGAUAUAUGCGUUACUGGACGAGCACACCCAGCGCCGUGGGUCAAAGGAAUUCUUACUAAGGUUACUAAGAUCAAGACUGAGCGAUAUUGUGUAUGAGAGCUUGCGCGAGGAGGUAUCUAAUUGUCUCUGGCAAGACCGCUUGAAGCCUUCUGUUUUAAAUGCCAUCAGGCCUUAUGUGGCGGGUCUAAUUACAUUUAUUCGAAAUGACGUUAAUAAUACAGCCGAUUCCAUUAAAAUGGGAGAUUUAAUUGGUGGCAUAAACAGUAUGAAGUUCCCCCGGGAUGAUCUUAACUUCUCCUCAAUACAGAAAGAAGUACAAAGGGGGUUCUUUCGGGCGUUUAUUAGAAUAUGCUAUCAUCACAUCAACAUCACUCGAGCAGAUUACGAGAUGGAAACUUUUGAAGGGCGGCACCCACGAUGGAAGCGAAUCGUUGCAUUCAUUCUUGCGCUAUUUGUAGCCCUUCUCACUUAUCCAGCGGUUGUGUUGUUUCCACAUUAUAUUUUGAAGAUCUUUGGUACAUUGAGGCAAGAUUUAGUCAUACUAGAGAUGUGUAGCUCAUUUGAAGGUGCGGAGUACUUUGAACCUAAUCCUUGUCACAAUACUGACAACCAAAGGCCUGUGAAUUGCGUGUAUAGUGAAUCCAAGGCUGAUGGUUCGCGCUUUCCCUCUGGAAAUUUUGGUACUACAAUUUCAAUAUUUUGGGCUUGGAAUGUUCAGUGA